GCAUCCGUUCUAGUCGCAUGGUGGUGGAUCAACAGGUGAAAACGUGACUUCUAGUGUUGCCAACCGAUGAAAGUUAGAACGAUUCUGAUGAACUGAUAAGUGCAACAUUGGAUUUGAGUGCAAAGGAGAUAUUGUUGGAGUAAUGAAUCAUUAUAUCUGGAGUGGUAAAAGUCGGUUGUGGUGAAUGAACAAAGAUGCAAUAAAUUGAAGGGUGAUUGUUUCCUCAAUUCGAUCCAGAAUGAAUGGCAUCAAAAUGGAAAUUAAGACCAUUUGGAUACUAGUGCUAUUGGUUUACUCCAAAGUUUCAGGCGGCGAAUUUUACGAUUCAAACAACAGCGCCUCUAUUAAUGCCAACACAGCCGUGGACAAUAAUUUGCAUUCCAUCGUGGUGAACCGCGAACUCAACGAUAGCGAUGACCCAAAUUCUAGUAAUCAUGUCAAUAGAGCCGAAGUAAAUUUCCUUGCGAAAUUAAGACAAAGCCAACGACAGGGACAAAUUAUCCCGACGAUGAAUAUGCCUCUCAGGAGUCAGCAAAAACUACAAUUGCCGCCAGAAAUGGGAUACGAUAGUGAUUGGCAAGAUCUUCUCGUUGAAUUGCUGAGCAACCCGAACAACGAAGAUAACAGUUAUCGGUCUUUGGAGGAAGACCUCGGUACGAUAGUGCGAUUUCUGGCUCAGCAAAGGCAACACUCGUUGCUGGGGGAGGCCAAUUAUCCUUCAUCGACGAGUGAUGAGCUCAGCGCACCUGGACAGAAGCGUGCCGCGGCUUUGAGAACCAGCAUGGCGAGGCGGUCACACACGUUUCCCUACAAUAAGGAGCGCUUUUCGCCCUCCAUCAGUGUUGGUGAGUUGUACGGAGCACUUACGAAUUUGGGAGACUUUUUCCAACACUUAAGGAACAACCUUGAAUCGCUGGAGUCCAAGAAUCUGUCCAAAGACCAGGUGAAGCUACUGGAGGGUGAAAACAUGAUUUCCAAUCUUCGGAAAGAAUUCACAGCAGACUAUCCCAAGCCUGCAGGAAGUGCAGCCUUUCUGCACGCUUACCGGAAUUAUCGCCCUUCGAAUGGAAUCCGAGCCCUGGUGUCGUCCGUGCCCGAUUUGUACCGGGGGACCAAUUACCACGAUCCGGUGUACAAACUAGCAGGACUGGGAAAGUAAUGUUCCCGCUAAUCCAUCGUCCACUUCCUCUGCUCUCGUGCUAAUGACAUGCUGCAUAUGGCUUCAAACAAAUUCGUAUCCGAUCAGAAUACGACAAAACUACAGAUUUGUCCAUUUGAUAGACCCUCACGCGUUUAGUUCGUUCCGUUUUAGCCUUCACUGAUGGAUAUGCUUGAAGUGGCCCCACAAGCAUUGCUGCGUUUAUCGUUGGUCAUUUGGUUGGUUAUAUCGGAGAGAUAGAUGACAUGAUCUGCCGCUUAAACUUGAUGAAUUGCUCGCAGAACGCCCGUACAAGAACAGUGCUGAUAUUGGUACAUAUGAAGAUGGUGAAUGUACUGGGUAGGUGUAAAAAUAAAAUGCGUGUCAGUAGAUUUUAAUCGAUACCUUAACGCUUUUGAUGUGUGGAAUAAAUUACCUUUCACUCUCAAAAAGGG